ACUCCAGAGUCACCUGCAAGAUGCUGGUGGUCCUGCUCACAGCAGCCUUGCUGGUUCUGAGCUCAGCUCAGGGCAUAGAUGAAGAAGUCAUCUAUGAAGACUCAUCUCAGCAAUUAGUUGAAAUACAAGAAAAGCAGCAGGGACAUGGCCAACAUCAUCCAAAACCACCUCCUGGUGGAUUCCCUCCAAGACCUCCUGCUUCUGAUGAAAAUGGUGAUGGUGAUGAUAACGAUGAUGGUGAUGAUGAUGGCAGUGGGGAUGAUGUAAACAGACCAGAGAGACCACCGCAGCACGGAGGCAAUCACCACCAUCCUCCUCCAGGACACCACCACGGCCCACCCCCACCAGCAGGUCCUCAGAGACCCCCUCAGCCAGGAAAUCCUCAAGGCCCGCCCCCUCCUGGAGGCCCACAGCAAAGACCCCCUCAAGGACCACCCCCACAAGGAGGCCCUCAGAGACCCCCACAGCCUGGAAGCCCUCAAGGCCCGCCCCCUCCUGGAGGCCCACAGCAAAGACGUCCUCAAGGACCACCCCCACAGGGAGGCCCUCAGAGACCCCCACAGCCUGGAAGUCCUCAAGGCCCGCCCCCUCCUGGAGGCCCACAGCAAAGGCCCCCCCAGGGACCACCCCCGCGCGGAGGCCCUCAGAGACCCCCUCAGCCUGGUAGCCCUCAAGGCCCGCCCCCUCCUGGAGGCCCUCAGCAAAGACCCCCUCAAGGCCCACCCCCACAGGGAGGCCCUCAGAGACCACCUCAGCCUGGAAACCCACAAGGACCACCCCAGCAGGGAGGCCAGCAACAGUCAAGUUUCCUGCGGUCAUUUUCUGCAUAACCAUCUGGUUUCUGAGCAGAGAGAAGGUGAACAAAAGACAGAUGCCUUCAAUAUCAUUCCUGUAGAAAAGUGAUUCCAAUAAAAUAUUUAGCAUACAAUCAU